AUGACGUGUGGUGGCCAGAGCGACCACGAAGACAAGCAACUCUUGCACUGGGUCAACUCGCUGCCGGUAGCCAGCUGCCUCCUCGUCGACUCAUUCGACCAGCUUCGGUCCGGCGACGUCUUUGCCGACAUCUUUGGCCUCGUCCACCACAACGAGAGCGACAGCCAGCGCGCGAUCCUCGGGCCGCCUGCGCAAAAGCUGCAAAUCGUGCUCACGUCGGUGCUUCAACUGGUCUCGGCGGCCGAGUGGAGCCAACGCUACGUCUUGCGGGAGCCGGAGACGAUCUUGGACAUCCUCGAUGGCUCGCACGUUGCUAUCGCGACGCUCUUACGCGCACUCAAGAAGCGUUGGGACCUCGUGGCGCGGCAGGUGCAGCACCGUGACCGACUCGACGCCCAGCUCCAGCGCCAAAUCGAAAAGCAGCUGCCAUCGCCAGCAACAGCUCGCCCGAUCAAACCAUCGCCGCAUGACUGGAAUUCAUCGACGCAGCAGUGCAUCACAGCCUCCAAGAAAGUGCGGGCGCCCGAGACAAGCGCCCGACCGUGCUCUCGAUCCACGCACAAGAGUAGGAACAUGACAUGA